AUGUCCACCAUCAGUUUCCCACUUGGAACCAAUCGUCCCACCAACCAGCCUGACAUUCGCAAUUCGUGCGGAUUUGAGGAAAAAGCUGAACCAAAUUCGCAGCCAAGCAGCAUUGUCGUGCACUCACCGAAGAGCGCGCUGGCCGAACAUCGUGCAGAAAGUACGAACAACAGACCAGGCAAGCACAUUGGCAAAGUAUGCCGGAUUGAAGCCAUGACUGGUGCCUAUGUCGACCGAGUGUCCUUUUACAUGCGUGAUGGCGCCAAGCACGUCUAUGGUGGGGAUGGCGGAGUGCAUCCUCAGAUAUGGCACUUGGAUGCUUGCCAUCGGAAUCGUAUAUCCACACAAGCCAAAAAGAGUGCCAAUAAUAUAUGUAUAUAA